AUCGCUGCCCCUCGCUGUGCAAAUCGAUUGAUAUUUUUGAAACUGGGGGCAGUGGACAAGUGUUCGCGGAAUAUAUGUUCAUAUAAUCAUGAUAAUGUGAAUGCCUUUGUCUGCUCCUGAGGUCAAAUUGAAUCAUGUAGCAAAGUGGCAAUGGAAAGAGUUAAUGCCAAAGGAUGAGCUCAAAUGAAAAUUUUGUCGAUGCAUAAAAUGAAAUUACGGCUGUGCAGGUUUUCCCGCAUACGAAACCGAAGCUUAUACGUUCCUCUGGUGAUUAUGUGUGUCUUUCUGACAGCAAUCUAUACAGACUUGACUGUACGCGUCAGUGAGAGAUGGAACGAUCUGGUUUGUCUAGAGAGAUAUAAAGGAUUAGGAGACAUGGGACCAGUUGGCAAUAUUACAGCAGAUAUGAUUCCAAGGGAGUUGCAGGAUAUGGCAUCUGACUUUUGGUGGCUGCAAUUUGGCGGACACCACUCGGUUGAAAGGCCACAAAAGGAACUGGACGUACAUGAAAGAGUAGCAAUAAUAACCCCAGUGCGAGAUAGAGAGGAGCACCUUAAAAUUCUUUUAAACAACCUUCACCCUAUUCUUCAUCGUCAAAAUCUGCAAUACAGCGUGUACGUAGUGGAACAGGCUGAUAAUCAAGACUUUAAUAAAGGGACACUACUUAACAUUGGGUACAUGGAAGCCCUGAAGAGAGAUAACUACACCUGUUUUGUAUUUCAUGACGUCGACCUAAUACCAGAGGACGACAGGAUAUCUUAUGGGUGUUGUAGAAGUCCUAUGCAUUUGUCUUAUGCCAUAGAUAAAUUUAAUUACAGUCUUCCUGACACCAAACUUAUCGGUGGAGUAUCUGCGUGGCUGAAAAAUGACUUUGAAGCCGUCAAUGGCUGGUCCAAUUUGUUUUAUAACUGGGGAGGUGAAGAUGACGACAUGAGUUAUAGUCCUGUACUAACAACAGUAUCCCUGUCUCAGGAACACUGAUAUCCAGUUUGAAAAAAAAGGUCCACAAGCUCAUCAUUUGCAGAGGAAGGUAUUCAAAAGAAAUAAUGAAGUGUCACUACAAAUAAAAGAUAGAACCUGACAGUACACUGGAACCCCUGACUCAGGGUCUAUGAUUUUAACAAUUUAAGAGGAAGUACCCUUGCAUAUGAUAACUAUGCACUAACUAUGUUUGCGUUACACUCAUAAAAUAUAAGAAUAUUCCCCAAAAAUGACGAUUUUUUUUUUCUUAAAGCCCCGCCCUAACAGGCAAAUCCUGACCUGAAGGCCAUGGAUUCAUAGAAUUUUAGAAGAUUUAAGCAGAAUUAUUGAUUUCAUCAAUCAUCCUGUUAGCUUUCUGUUGAAUACCCAGGGACAGAGGGUUUUUAAAAAGAUUUUUUGGAAAUUUAAUAUAUUAUCACAUACAUGUAUGCACAUUCUUGUACCGUUUGACUGUCUGGGGAAUAAUCUGGUAGUAUGCGACAUGCAACUCGGCUAUAUAACUCGCCAGGAAUUUCUUCAAUUUUUAAGUAUUGCGUAUAAUUACUUUUAUUUCAUCUGUUUAUUAACAAGGAAUAGGAAAUUCAAUUUUCUAGCGUGGUGUAGUAUAGUUUAAGCGCUUGAUUUAGGAGUAGAUCCUAAAGGUUGCAGCUCCCAAUCCCAGAGAAUAUAAACAAAGUAGCGUGUCGCAGUGGGUUCUGGCACGAAAAUCUUAUGAGUCUACCACAGGCAGACCUAUAUGAGUAAAAAUAUUUUUUAUCCAACGUUUUUAUGAAACGUUGUAUAGCAGCAUGUUUGGUGAAUCAAUAUAUGAAAUGGAAAUGAAAUAAAUGGAAACCCGCCCUCACACCUGAACCCCUGACUCGGGGGCUAUAAUUUUCAUCCUUCCGUACUUAAUUUGUCUGCUGAGUAUUUACAGCAGGGGAGAGAAUCAGUCUUUAAAAGAGUUUAACAGUUUUUACUAUACUACAUGUAUCAAUAUAGACAGUCUUAUCCUAACUCAAGAAUCUGAUCCAGGUUGGACCAUGGUUUUUAAAAUUUUAAUUUGUUACAGAACUCAGUACCAACAGAUUGAUUAAUUGAGGUAUUAUAUUUUAAAGGGUUUUAAACUAAUGGCAUUUCCCCUCUAAGAUUUAUAACUUAACUCCUAUAUGUGACAUGUUUUGCGCGUUAUUGGACGUUCUUAUACAGCUUUGACUCGUUCAUGUAUUUACUAUUCAUUUGAUGUUACGUUCAU